UCUAUGACAUGUUUUUAUAUUGAGAAUUUUCUAAUAAAAAAAAAUCUCUGAGCAACAUCAGCAAAUAAGAAGCUUUACUGUUGCACACUGAUUGUGUGGAGAAGAUUUGUUUCUGGAAGUACAGGGAAGUUUUUCUCAUGAAGAUGUAGAAAAGGCAAUCAUUCAUUAACACUCUCAAAGCUCAAACUGGUCUCUGGUGAGACAUGAGUCUGAAUAACAUGUGAAAUCAGUUUUUAUUCUAGAAUACUUUCACUAACCUCUCUGAAUGUCCAACUCUGGAAAUUCAUAAUAUCACACAUAGGUUGGCCUGCAUAUGACCAAAUGUAAAGUAAUGCGGAAGCUGGAAAGACUGUUCAGGCUCAUCUCUUCUGCAGCUCUUCUACCUUCCUCUAUUCCAAUACUAACAGCCUACUAUGUUCUUCACUAGGCAGCUGAAUCAAAAUCUACCUGCAGAUCCAAUAAACCAAAAUGUCAAACCCAGUGGUCACCAGUCAACCAGGUGCAGGCGGCUACGGGACAAAUGUCCAGACAGGAGAGUGGAGCACGGGCCUUUGCUCCUUCUGCAGUGACUUUCUUGUCUGUGCUCUUGGCUGCGUGUGUCCACUUGCACUGAGCUGCUACACCGCGGAUAAGUAUGGAGAAAACUGUUGCUUGGGUUGUGUGCCAGGAGGAUUGACAGCCAUGAGGACUCAUAUGAGACUGACCUAUGGUAUUCAGGGAACCGUAUGCAACGAUGCCUUGAUGUCUUUUUUCUGUGGACUUUGCGAGGUGUGCAGGAUGGCGCGAGAAAUCCGCAUCAGGAAUGGAGAUGUCUCACAGUAACAAGACACAGAGCAUUCUGGGCUGCUCGACAGUAUUUCCUAUUUGUUAGUGAUGCCCUGCCGCUGUGUAAUGUGUUUACUUCUGUAGCUUUUAUGCAAAUAGGAAAAUGCAGAGCAAUUAAUGAAAUAUGCAAUAUUUUUACCUUUAGCUUUAUACUGUGUGUCUGUGUAACACUGUGACUAUUUUACUACUAUUUGGCACCAUUGUAAAUAAAUUACAUUGUUCACUCA